AUGGGUUUCUCAGUUCCCUGGACAGCAGCCAUUCAGAUGCUGGUGCUAGCGCUGGCCCUCCAUUUCACUGCAGGUAACAGCCAUGAACCAUUGAUUGUCCUGGACAACUAUGAGAACAAUGGGAUCAGAGUCACCUGUUUUUCUGAGAGGAGGUUUUCUGAUGUGCAAGUGUUGUGGACAGAUAGUAAAGGACACAAUCUCACUGGAAUCACCCCAACCUCCAACACAGAGGAGACUAGUGCCAAAAGUUCGAUCCUUCUGAAAUCAGGAUCUGACAAUGCCAUCUCCUGCAACAUAAUCGAUAACGUGCUAAAGACCUCAACCGAAUCUACAGUUGUAAUUGCAGAUGUUUUCUUCCCUUCCACCUCCCCAUGGAUGACUGCCUUCAUUGUGAUAUUGCUGAUUAGCAUAGCCCUGGUUAGCGCUGCGAUUUAUAAGCUGAAAAAAAACAAUGAAACAACUGCGCAGGCUGUAAAUGAUAAGAAAGCCAUCGAAGACGAAACUAAGCUUCUCAGAAAAGAACUGGAGACUGAACACGAAAAGUCUCAACAAGCAAUUCAGGAAAUACAGGAGAAAUUUGAAAAAGCCAUGGCUGAGCUGGACUUCAGGAGGGCUCGUAGCAAUGCAGUUAACAUCACUCUGGAUUCUGACUGUAAACAUCCCAAACUCUCACUCAAGGAUAAAAAUAGGGUCGUUUCCACAGCAGAGAAGAAAGCCGGCAGGGAUUUGAUAGUGGUGGCAAAUGAAGGAUUUUCAGAGAAGAAACAAUACUGGGAGGUGGAGGUGGGGGACAAGCCAGAGUGGGAGCUAGGGGUGCUGACUCAGAAUGAAAGGAGGAAACUGAAAAAUGAGAAGAUGGAGAAACCUCCUGAGAAGGAAUACUGGAGUUUGUGGCUGUCUGAGGGUCAGUAUCAUUGUAGUUGGAAAAGUGAUACAAUCACCUCUGAGGAUAAAAAAUGCCCAGUGAUUGGCAUUUUUCUCGACUGGGAAGAGGGAAUGAUCUCAUUCUACAAUGUAGAGCUAAUGUGCCCUGUUGUGUCCAUCACUCAAGAGUUUCAAGGAAAUCUGUACCCAUUCUUCAAUCCUGGCAGUGAUAAGCAAUACCUAGGAAUACGCCCUCUCAGUGUCCCCAGCCCCUUAACUUCUCUCUGA